UUGUUUUGAUGUGUUAGACUUGGGUUUCAAGCAGUGUGAACUGCAAGCUCUUGAUAAGGAUCUCAGAGUCACUCUUGAGACCUACAGGAAACGAAAUCUGCAGUUCUGUUUCUGUGUUACUUAUUUUUGGGGGACUGCCUGACUUUAAGACAGUUGGUUCAUCACAGUGCAUUUGAGAACAUCGUGUCUACAAAGAUCCAGACAAAGGAAAAAAGAGGAGCCCUGAGGCGCAGCCACUCAUUCACAGACAGGAAAAGACAUCACUGACAUCUCACCAUGACAGAUUCUGGAACAAACAUGACCGACCUCACAACGAUUGAUUAUUCAAGCUACUACGACGAAAAUUUUUCAAACUUCUCUCCUUGCUCUUACGCCGGGUUUAAGGAUUUCGGCAAGGUGUUUCUGCCAACUCUCUACGGCCUGGUUUUCCUCCUGGGUUUUGUAGGUAACGGGCUGGUGGUGUGUGUCCUGGUGAAACACCGCAACCAGACCAAUUUGACAGAUAUCUGCCUUUUCAACCUGGCCCUGUCAGACCUCCUCUUCGUGCUCACGCUACCUUUCUACGCCCAUGCCUCCAUGAUCAACGAAUGGGUUUUCCAAGACUUCAUGUGCCGUUUCCUCUCCACCUGCCACACCAUCGGCUUCUUCAGCAGCAUCUUCUUCAUGGUUGCCAUGACGCUGGACCGCUAUGUAGUCGUGAUGCACGCCGUCAAGGUGGCACGAUAUCGCACCCUGAGGGCAGGUUUUGCCCUGAGCGUGGUCGUCUGGCUGCUGAGCUUUGGUGUCUCCCUACCAGCUUUCAUCUUCAGUAGGGUGACAGUUGAAGAAACACUUCGGAACCAAUGUACCUUCUCCCCGGAAAACAAAGACUGGGAAAUUUACAACAACCUUGCAAUAAACAUAAUGGGUCUCCUGAUUCCCUCAUUGGUGAUGAUUGUUUGCUACUGCAGGAUCAUCCCUAGACUGGUCAACAUGAGGACUGCAAAGAAGCACCGCGUUGUCAAGCUGAUCAUCUCUAUAAUGGUCGUCUUCUUCUUGUUCUGGGCCCCGUAUAACAUUUCCCUUUUCUUGAAGUUCCUGCAGUCUGAGAAUAAACUGCCAAACAAUUGCAAAUUUGACGGAAAUUUAAGGCUGUCAGUAGCAGUGACCGAGGCCAUUGCUUACACUCACUGCUGCCUGAACCCCAUCAUAUACGCCUUUGUUGGACAGAAGUUUAUGAAACGGGCAAUGCAGCUGCUGAGUAAGUGGGUCCCCUGGCUUCACUUCCCCUUCGCCAGAGAUUUCUCAGACAGCUCAUACAGAAAAAGCUCAGUUGUGUCCAGAUCCUCUGAUGUCACCUCCACUCUCAUCAUGUAGGAGGAUGUAAUGACUGUUAUGGACACCACCUGCAGUGUUUUUAUAUGUUUAUAUGCGGGUUGCCUUAUUAUUGCAGACCAUAUUAGUACUGUCAACCUGUCCAGGGUGUACCCUGCCUGUUGCCCAGUGUCAGCUGCAAUUGGCUCCUGUCUCCCGCAUCCCUUAAGGAUAACAUACAUAUAAUGGAUGGAUGUUAUUAUUGUUCAUGAUACAUGAUUUUAGUUGUCACUUCUAUUUUCUAUCAGUGACAGAGUCAUCCCUCAGCAGGGCCUAAUCUUAAAAAGCUGCCUGUACCUGUACAUGCUGUCUUUUUUUGUUUUGAUCUUUCUAAUUUCAUUUGCACUUUUAAUUUGCACUGUAACAUUGUGUUUUGACCACAAGAUGUCAGAUGUGUAGGCCCAUUGUUUUUAAAACAAUCCAGGUGUGAUCUAAUCAGUAUCACGAUCUCAGCUAACUGCUACGCAAUGCUCCCUCCUCUUCCUGCUUACAUUGGGGCUGCUCUUCAAACCGUACCUCCUGACAGAAACUAUGGAUGUCGUGUUUGUAACCAGCCUGUAACCACAAAGUUUGUUUGUCUGCGUCUGACGAUGUUUGGAACAUUUCUGCUUUUUUUCUUUCUUUUUUUUUCCAUUAUUACGCAAUUGUUAAUAAGUGAAAAAAAAACAUUCAUUUCAUACUGUAGGGGAAUGCUAACAUUUUUUUGGUGGAAAACUUUUUCAUUCAGAUGUUUGACGAUGAUUCAAAGCUCAGGAGGUGAAACUAACACAUGGGUUGUGUGGCACCUAUUGCACAUUCAAAAAGGUCAUCAUUUGCCAUGGAUUUAAAUCUGUUGAUAUGGAACCUGUUAUUUUUCAUAUGUUUUUCCAGUAUUGUUUUAUGCCUAACAUUUCUAUAUAUGUACAGUAUUUUGCAUAUUUGUAUAAAUGCCUCAUGCUGGUUUUUCUUUUUGUCUUAAUUUGACUGCACAAAAUAAUGCUCAAUGCUCAUCUGCUGAUGUUAUUUGCCAGAUGUGAUUAUUAAAGUUUUACCUUUCUCA